AAGCUUUAAGCAUGGCAUCUAAUUUACGUAGCCUCAGAUUCGCAACCUUGGCCCGCCAAUCGACUGGUUUCUGGGCAAGCCAGACCCAGCAGCCCAUCGGUUCUGUGGUCGCCAAGUCGGCACUUUUGAGCAUCCGUACAUAUGCCACCAGGGACGCUCCUGGAAAGCUUGUCCUCAUGCGCGACCAUGGCGUCUUUGCCAACUACAUUCCUUCUGAUACCGCACCACCUAUCACUGACUUUAAGAACUGGCGUCUUACCAAGUGGCGUAACUUGAUGAAUAACGCACAGAAUUUGCUCAGUGUAGGUUUGAUUAAGUACAAGUCCCAGUUUGACAAGUGGAACUCUGCACAAUUUUUGGCUGUUGCUGAGGAGACUUAUAAGGAUAUGAACGAUGCCUUUGCAAGAGGUGAUCGUACUGUUCUUGAGGAAGUCUGCUUGGAUUCGAUGUACUCUAACUUGAAGAAUCAGCUUAAGCAGCGUGGUAAUGCACGUUGGGAGUGGAAAUACCACGGUGAUGCUGAGGCACCAAAGAUCGUUUGUGUCCGAUGUGUUGGUACUACUGGUAUGAGCAAACAUGGUUUUGCUGUUGGGCAAGUGACAGUAAAGAUGGUCACUAAACAGUCUAUGGCUGUAUUUGAUAAGAAGAACCGUUUGAUUGGAGGUGAUCCUGAGAAGAUCCACACUGUACAGGAAUAUAUCGUCUUCCAAAAGACAAUUUCCGAUCCUGAAGAUAUCUGGCGUAUAUACGGCAAGAUUGCUCCUCCCUCAAAGACAUUAACACAAUAAACCAAUCUUGUAGAAUAUAUAUAUAUAUUAAAUAAUAAAAGUCUAGUGUUUUUUCUUCUUC